CAGUUCACUUUUUUUUAUUUUUCGCAUCCCUCUUCGUGAACACAAGCGAUUUCAAGCCUGAAUUUCUCCCCAUUCUUGCCGGUACGCCAGCAGCCGGCACAGCUGCUGCCGCCCUCACUGCCUCCUUUUUCAACCAUCGAAUAAAAUUCGAAAUCUCAGAAAGCGCUGAAGUUUCCGUGACGAUGAGCAUCGUACCGAAGGAAACAAUUGAGGUUAUAGCCCAGAGCAUUGGCAUCAGCAAUUUAUCUCCCGAUGUGUUGCCUGCUCUGGCUGCCGAUGUCGAGUACCGUAUUCGAGAAAUAAUGCAGGAAUCUAUCAAAUGCAUGAGGCAUUCGAAGAGAACUACUUUAACUACGGAUGACGUUGAUAGUGCCCUCGGUUUAAGAAAUGUCGAGCCAAUAUAUGGAUUUGCUUCUGGAGAUCCACUGCGAUUCAAACGGGCAGCAGGGCACAAGGAUUUGUUCUAUAUAGAAGAAAAGGAUGUGGAAUUCAAGGAAGUGAUUGAAGCUCCUCUACCUAAGGCCCCACUGGACACCACAGUAGUUGCUCAUUGGUUAGCUAUUGAGGGAGUUCAACCUGCUAUUCCUGAAAAUCCCCCUCCCGAAGCUCUUCAAAUGCUUUCACUUCCUGCGGAUAACAGAAAGACUGAAGUCAAAGAGGAUGGAGCAUCUGUUGACAUUAAAUUACCUAUAAAGCAUGUGGUUUCACAGGAACUUCAGCUUUACUUUGAAAAAAUUACCGAGUUGACUGUGACCAGAUCCGAGUCCCCUUUAUUUAAAGCUGCAUUAGUGAGCUUGGCAACUGACUCAGGGAUUCACCCCUUGGUUCCUUAUUUUACACUUUUUGUUGCUGAUGAGGUUUCUCGGAAUUUGAAUAACUUUUCUCUACUUUUUGCUUUGAUGCGUCUUGUCCGGAGCCUUCUUCGGAAUCCUCAUAUACACAUCGAGCCAUAUCUGCACCAACUGAUGCCCUCGGUGCUGACAUGCCUGGUUGCUAAAAGAUUAGGAAAUAAGUUCUCUGACAAUCACUGGGAACUGAGAAAUUUCACCGCUAGUCUAGUUGCCUCAAUAUGCAAGAGAUUUGGCCAGGUUUAUUACAAUCUCCAGCCACGUGUGACCAAGACAAUGUUGACUGCUUUCAUCGAUCCAUCAAAAACUCUCCCUCAACAUUAUGGUGCUGUUCGGGGGAUAGCAGCCCUUGGAGCUAAUGUGGUUCGAUUACUUAUUCUUCCCAAUCUUGAUCCUUAUUUGCGGCUUCUGGAGCCAGAAAUGCAACUAGAGAAGCAAAAGAAUGAGAUCAAGAGGCAUGAAGCCUGGCUUGUAUAUGGGGCUCUAUUGCGCGCAGCUGGUUUGUGCGUCUAUGAUCGGCUGAAGAUGCUACCUUCUCUGCCAUCUCCACCAGCACGUACUGUCUGUAGGAGCAAUAGCAAAGUCGUGACUACUUCAAAUAAACGUAAAGCCACCAUGGAUAACAUGAUGCACCAAGCACCGUUGAAGAAACUGGCAACAGACAGUUCUAUGGGUGCAAACUCUCUGCCGGCAGACAUAGCAGGAGCUAGUGGUGGAUAUUCAACAAAUACUGGAGCUGCAGACUCAUCAAGGGCCUCAGGGAACAACAAUGUGGCUGGAUCAAGCAGCAGAAGAGAGAUAGUUGGUGGUCAAGGAUUCAAGACUUCAUCUGCUCUUGAGCAGGCGUGGAAGGAGGAUACAGAUGCCGCACAAUUGCUGCCCUCACUGUAUGAAUAUUUUGGUGAAAGCAUGUUAACAUUUGUUCCUUUACCCGAAGCGUCCUUAUUCUUGUGAUCUUUCCUCCACCCCAAUGCCUACACAAGAGAAUUAGUGUUUGCUGUCGUCUUUUUACAGAUAUGUUCUCCCUGGUUAGUGUUCUGUUCUUCGGGAACGAAGAUCACAUUUCCAAAAUACUAAUGUAGAUUCAUUCGCAUAAUUAGGAAAGAUUGUUAGAUUAUAUGCUAUCUAUGUUUUGUAGAACUCUGCACAGAUUAUGGUAUUUUCUGAAAUUCAAGUAAUUUCAUAAACUACAA